AUGAGCAGGAAGGUUACCUUUGGCUACAGAUACAACCCAGAUAGAGUCGAAAGAAAGGGUAAAAAAAAGGCUCAAAUAUACCAGGACAUGAGGAAAGACAAGGACCCUUACUACGUGAUCCACAAAUUCCUCUACGAGAAUGAUCCAGACAACCCGAAUUUUAAAUACGAUAUUGAUUUAGCCACCAAGGAGCCAUGCAAGCGUAACAUUUUUGCACAUUACAAAAAGGAUAAUAAAUUGCGUUUCUUUUGGUAUGCAUCUAGAAAAAAAGUUCCGAAAGGACCUGCCAGUAGGUACAUUGAUUUUACCCGUGGGAGGAACGAAUUUCGCUUUAGCAAGUUGGAGAGUUUCUUUCAUAUUCUGCCAUACGUACAUGAGCAUUACAAGGAUGACCCAAGAUAUAUUUACUAUAUGAAUCGCUUUCUUGCAUACCACGGAAAACGUGCAAGAGAAAAGAGGAUUUUAAGGAAGCUAGAAGCCAUCAAAAAAGGUGAAACAGAUACUACAGGGUCCGAAGAACGGUCGGUUUAUGAUAGGGAACGACUGAUGCAGGCACUAGGGGAUUUUAUGGCUGUGAGCUCCAAGGAACUGCUAUCAUAUUAUCCAGAAAAUAUAAAGGUGGACCUUGGCGAUGGAAAACAUUUCAUGGUAAAGAGAGAUGGUUUCAAGGUACACGGUGAAUACUAUUCCAGAAUUGAUAAAAAGAAUAGAAAAACUCCCUAUGAUAUUUACACCCCCUACUAUAGAACAAAACACUCGUCAAAGAGGAGGAGAUUUAGGGAGAGAGGUGUACCACUAAAUCCUGAGGAUCGCUGCAAGACUAGACGUGAACGACUGAUGAAAAGGGCCGCUAAUAGAGAUCCAAAGGAGUUUUAUAAAAAAUAUCUCAAACGCCAUAACCCACGUCAUUUAAAACCAGAAGUUCUUUGGGAAUAUUAA